AUGGUCAGGAAUCUUAAAAGAAAGUACCUCAUAAACAAGAUUACACUAUUAGAUAUUUACAACUACUAUGGAACACCACUAUCUAUAUACACGUCACAAAAGAUCCGGAAUGUAUUUGUAACUGCAUCUCUGUGUCUAACAGUUUACUUUGCAUCAAACAUGGAUGCAAUCAGAAAUAACAGGAUUCCAAGGCUUGGGGUGAAUUUCUCUUCAGCUACGUUGGUUGUGGGGGGAGUGUUCGUUGUGAAGGAAGCUAUUUCUUAUGUUCUCAACCUCAAGAAGAUGGCGUCUGUAUUUUAUAUAUACAGAUACAUUCUGCAAGAAGGUAUAGAUAAUAUAAGGUUUAAGGAUGUGGUUGAGGGGGUGAUCAAGCUGGAGAAGGAAGUCCACAACAGAGAUCUCACGGGGAAGGAUUUCCGAGACAUUGUGAACCGCAACAACCUCCUUUUGCUUUUGAUGAUGAAGAAAUUCCCUUCAAUAUUCCGCCCUACAUGUUCUAGAUUUCUUCUUUAUAUCCUUCAUUCCUACAUUGGAAAGAUAGAGAAUGGGCCUAUUGAAGAGAUUAAUGACGAAAUGAGAGUGAUUUCCGCAGCUAUAUUUCUGCUGUCGCCUAUUAUUUCAAUCUUCUUCAUCCUGUACUAUAUUGUAAGAAUCAUAGAAAAGUCUCAAAACAACGUGUUUUAUGUUUUUAAAAAGGCACACAGGCCAUCAUUCAAGUAUUUCAUGGCCAAGAGGAAUGAGUAUCCUCAUGAGACACGGAGAAAGAUACAAAAAGGUGCGGAUUACCUGAAUGCUUUUUUCCUUGCGAAAAAAAGAGACUGCAUUGCCCGAAUCUGUUCUGCGGUCUCAUUCUUUUUGAGUUGUCUUGUGUUUCUGGCAGUGUAUCUGAUUCUGAAGACGGUGCUUGUGUCUAACCCGAAUCUGAAUGGAAUCUUAUACCAAGACAUAGUCCUCUUUGGAAAAACAACGAAUAUACUGUAUCUUUCUUACUUCAUAGGCGGGAUGUCCUGUUGUCUAAGAUGUCUAAGCCUGGACUAUGCAUCCACGAGCCGCCGUAGGAUGUUUAUCAAAUGGUGCGUGCUCAUGGAACAGAGAGAACUACUCAAGUAUUCCGAGAAUCGAAGACGUUUAGCAACUCUUAUGGCAAAGUUCUUCGUCCCUCGCAUAUAUUUAUUUCUGAUGGAGAUUUCCUCUCCAUUCAUUGUUCCAUUCCAGCUUGAGAAAUUGAGAAGGAGGUUGGAAAGGAUCCACACAACGUUCAACUCAACAGAUAUAUGGGAGGAAUAUGUUGGUGAAAUCCAAAGUAACAGAAUCUCUAUCUUAGACUUAUAA